CGGAGAGGAAACAGCCACAAUUCUGCAGAAAAUGUUUUAGUGAGGGAGGGGAGAGUGAGAGACAAAGGCAGAAGAAAGGCGCUACAUUCACUGAGGCACGAGAGCAACUUCUACACAGGAAGGCGGAAACACGGAGCUUUUCUUCUUCUUCUCCUUCUUGCUUUUUUAAAAUUUAUUUCCUGGACUCAGCUGCUACAUGUCACUCUGAGCCGCAGCUCUCCUCUCAGUUUUUUUAUUUUAUUUUUAUUUUCUUUUGAACCGAGUCUCCCGUUUUCUCUCUGAACGCGGUGGAGCGACGCAGCAUGAUGUUCCCAUGAUGCCUCUCAUCCCUUCCAGGAUUCCUGGAAACGCAGCGCUGACGGGAAGGAGUUGAAACAGAGACAGAAGAGGAACUUUUCUUUUUCUUUGUUUUUAUGUGGAUUAGAGAGAGCCUCAUGUGAAGCUGGAUCAAACAUCAGUUUUUCAGCCGUCCAGUUGUGAACUUGCCCUGGCUGGAGAUUUUUUUUUCUUUUUUCUUUUGGAUGCUUCUGUAAGCCGUGGAGGUGAGGAGGUGAGGAGGCCGGCGGGCUGCAGCUAUGGACGUUGAGCGGUUCCCUCCCUCCUCAUCAGCGGCCUCUCCUCCCGUGUCACCAUGCUCAGCAGCGAGAGCAUCCUCUACAUCGUCCUGGAGCUGCUGAUCGCCGUGUUCUCCGUCCUGGGGAACGUGCUGGUCUGCUGGGCCGUUUGCCUCAACAGCAACCUGCAGAGCAUCACCAACUUCUUCGUGGUGUCGCUGGCCGUGGCCGACAUCGCCGUGGGAGUCCUGGCCAUCCCGUUCGCCAUCGUCAUCAGCACGGGAUUCUGCUCCAACUUCUACGGCUGCCUGUUCAUAGCGUGCUUCGUCCUGGUCCUCACCCAGAACUCCAUCUUCAGCCUGCUCGCCAUCGCCGUCGACCGCUACGUCGCCAUCAAGAUACCACUCAGGUACAACAGCUUGGUGACAAGCCAGCGGGCUCGAGGCACCAUCGCCUUUUGCUGGGCUCUGUCAAUCAUCAUUGGUCUGACCCCCAUGAUGGGCUGGCACAAAGAGUUCAACAGUACCAAGACCAACAACAACAACAACAACACCUGCCAGCCGGACCAGAUGAAGUGCCUGUUUGAGGCGGUAGUGAACAUGGAGUACAUGGUUUACUUCAACUUCUUUGCUUGUGUACUAAUCCCCCUCCUGCUGAUGCUGGCCAUCUAUCUGUGCAUCUUCAUGGCAGCUCGCCACCAGCUCAAGCUGAUUGAAGUGGAGGCCUUUCGCGGAGAAAAGUCGCGCUCCACUCUGCAGAAGGAGGUCCAGGCCGCCAAGUCUCUGGCCAUCAUUGUUGGGCUGUUUGCCGUCUGCUGGCUGCCUCUGCACAUCAUCAACUGCUUCACCCUGUUCUGCCCCAAGUGCCGGCGCCCUCCCGGUUGGAUCAUGUACGUGGCCAUCAUCCUUUCCCACGCCAACUCCGUCAUCAACCCCUUCAUCUACGCCUACCGCAUCCGAGAGUUCAGGCAGACCUUCCGAAAGAUCAUCCGGCGCCACAUCCUGGGCUGGCAUCCCGUGUUGGACAGCAGCGGCAGCGAGCGCAACUCCACACACAACGCCAUCGCGGACUCCAUCAGACUCAAAGCGAACGGCCUCAAGUUGGACCUCUUCGCCGAGCCCAGCACUAGCAGCAGCUGUGAAGACUCCAGCAGCCGCCCCGCUAGCAUCUCUCCUGUAGGGGGCGGCCUGGUGGCGGUCUGCCACCCUCCUCUGUCAGUCAUCAUCUCCAAUUGUCCUCAAGCUGGGACGCGCGCACUGCAAGCCCUCAGGCAGACUAAAAUCCCGCAGGCCCGCCGUCUGAGCUUUGAGGAACGAGAGCAUGGCUACGCGGGAGCGGAAAGUCUGGAGGAUAAAGGCAAACGGAACGUCGGCUCGACCCAGGUCUCUCCUCUCUUCACCAACCAGAGCAGAAAGAAUUGCUUUUGCGAGCCGCAAAGAGUGUCCUGACAAAUACACAGGAAGGAUGAGGGGGAACUAAUUCAGGAGCCGAGCGAUCAAAUAUCCUCCGGGGAUUGGAGAGGAGAUGGGAGCGGUUAUAACGGAUAACAGGCAAUAAAUGUCACAGAGAUAAAUUAAACACACUGACUUUUUUUAUGUAAGCCGGAGGGAAGAAUCUAUAAAGCACCUCUUGUGGUCCGGAGCUCUCAAACUGCCUCUUGACUAGAGGACAAUGAUUUAAAUCGAUGAAGCAGCUGACACAUCCGUCUUCAACCUCAAGGUCCUCUUGCAGUCAGAAACUGUUUGUUUUAGCAGACAAGACCGGCAAGCGCUUUUGUAUUUACUUUACAAAUAAGUUGUGGUUGUUGAAAAUGCACUUUGUCUCGUAUAAACUACCUGACUCAACGCAGGCUGUCAAGCUUUCUCGGGCCGUCUGUGGAAAACAUCGCUUUUCAAAACUUCUGAAAUAAGAAUAUAUUGGGCUACACAUGAAUUUCACCUUUUCUGUACUUUUCCCUUCAUCAAUGCCAACAUUUGUCACUGAGUCACAGACGUCCAGUUUUAUUUUGCACCUCAGGGUUUCCAACAGUUCAGACUGGUUUCCUUCAGCUUAGUUUUGUUUUUUAAAGCCAUAGUGGGGGAAAUGGGAUAAUGCAAUGCUGAAAUGGAAACUGAUGUUGGUGUUCGCUCAACGAGGCUUUGACAUGUUGUAAAAAUUUAUUCAGAUGUAAAAUAAAAAAGUAAUUUAUCAUUAUAAACGAUUGCAUUUCGAA